AUGCGGCAGGUGGAGGAGAAAGAGGUGGAGAAUGAAGAUAAGGAGGAGGUAAAGCGAAGGAAGGAGGAGGAGAAGAGGAGGGAGAAGGAUUUAAAGAAGAAGGAAAAGGAGGAGAGGAAGGCGAAGGAGGAAAAGGAGGGAGAGGAGGGAGAGGAGGGAGAGGAGGGAGAGGAGGGAGAGGGGGAUGAGAAGGGAGGAGAGGGAGGGAAGGAUGAUGUUGGGGAUGACGAAAGGAAGAGGAAGAAGGAAGAGAAAAAGCGCCUUAAGAAGCUGAAAAAGGAGGAGGAAGAGAAAAAGAAGGGAGAUGCAGAGGAAAAAGGGAAGGGGAAGGAGGAGGAGGAUGAGGAGGAGGAGGAGGAAGGAGAGAUGUCCAAGGAGGAAAAAAAGCGACUUAAGAAGCUAAAGAAAAAGGAGGAGAAGGGGAAAGGGAAGGAGGAGGAGGAAGGGGGAUUGUCGAAGGAAGAGAGGAAGCGACUUAAGAAGCUGAAGAAAGAGGAGGAGAAGGAAGAGAAGAAGAGGAAGAAAGAAGAGAAAAAGAAGAGGGAAGGGGAGGAAGAGGAGGAAGAGGAAGAGGAAGAGGAAGAGGAGGAGGAGAAGGAAGGAGAGAAGGGAGAUGCACGGAAGGAAAGCAAAGAUCACAGCAAGUUGGAGGGAGUAGCUGACGUGGCCGCUGACGUGGCUGCUGACGUGGCGGUGGGCAUGGCAGCUGAGGUGGUGAGGAUCGAGUCAGCGGCAAGGAAGGCGGAGGCGGAGAGGGGGAGGAGGGAGAGGGAGCGACAGCUGGCAGCGAUGCAGGAUUUAUCCACCACCCCCACCUCUCUUCUCGCCUGCCCUUUCUUUUUGCCCCACCUUCUUCUGAAUGAAACCCCAUCCGCCCCCUCCCACUUCCUCCCGCAACGUCCUCCUCUCUCCCCCCUCUCUUUGGUAUGCGCUAUUCGGUAUGCGCUAUUUGGUAUGCGCUAUUUGGUAUGCGCUAUUUGGUAUGCGCUAUUUGGUAUGCGCUAUUUGGUAUGCGCUAUUCGGUAUGCGCUAUUUGGUAUGCGCUAUUUGGUAUGCGCUAUUUGGUAUGCGCUAUUUGGUAUGCGCUAUUUGGUAUGCGCUAUUUGGUAUGCGCUAUUUGGUAUGUGCUAUUUGGUAUGCGCUAUUCGGUAUGCGCUAUUUGGUAUGCGCUAUUUGGUAUGCGCUAUUUGGUAUGUGCUAUUUGGUAUGCGCUAUUCGCUAUUUGGUAUGUGCUAUUUGGUAUUCGCUAUGCGCUAUUUGGUAUGCGCUAUUUGGUAUGUGCUAUUUGGUAUGCGCUAUUCGGUAUGUGCUAUUUGGUAUGCGCUAUUCGCUAUGCGCUAUUUUGUAUGCGCUAUUUGGUAUGCGCUAUUCGGUAUGCGCUAUUUGGUAUGCACUAUUUGGUAUGCGCUAUUAGGUAUGCGCUAUUUGGUAUGCGCUAUUCGCUAUGCGCUAUUUGGUAUGCGCUAUUUGGUAUGCACUAUUUGGUAUGUGCUAUUUGGUAUGCGCUAUUCGGUAUGCGCUAUUUGGUAUGCGCUAUUCGCUAUGCGCUAUUUUGUAUGCGCUAUUUGGUAUGCGCUAUUCGGUAUGCGCUAUUUGGUAUGCACUAUUUGGUAUGCGCUAUUAGGUAUGCGCUAUUUGGUAUGCGCUAUUUGGUAUGCGCUAUUUGGUAUGCGCUAUUUGGUAUGCGCUAUUUGGUAUGCGCUAUUUGGUAUGCGCUAUUUGGUAUGUGCUAUUUGGUAUGCGCUAUUCGGUAUGCGCUAUUUGGUAUGCGCUAUUUGGUAUGUGCUAUUUGGUAUGCGCUAUUCGCUAUUUGGUAUGUGCUAUUUGGUAUUCGCUAUGCGCUAUUUGGUAUGCGCUAUUUGGUAUGUGCUAUUUGGUAUGCGCUAUUCGGUAUGUGCUAUUUGGUAUGCGCUAUUCGCUAUGCGCUAUUUUGUAUGCGCUAUUUGGUAUGCGCUAUUCGGUAUGCGCUAUUUGGUAUGCGCUAUUUGGUAUGCGCUAUUUGGUAUGCGCUAUUCGGCAUGCGCUAUUCAGUAUCCGCUAUCCACUCUAUAUGUAUCCACCAACCCCAUGUCUCUUCUCGCCUGCCCUUUCUUGUCGCCCCACCCUUUUCGCCCCACCUUCUUCUGA